AAUUGUCAAAAGCUGAGCUGUUCAUUCAUAUCCAUACAAAGGAAUCAAAUGAAUGCCUCUCUGCAGUGCAAAAUAUUGACAUAUUCUUGGGUAUUAUAUAUUGAGUUCUGUAGCAUAUUGUGCUAUUAUAUAUCACAAAGAAUCAAGAAUGCACUAGUCACUAUUGUCCAACAGUGCUCUGCAGUUUUAUCCUUCUUAUCUGCAUCUUCAAUUUUCUGUGCUGAUUGUGUUUUCGUAGAUUGUGGUCAAGUAAAUAUCGAAGAAAUUCUAUAAAUGUUUGUUCAGCUAGGCUAUUGUUAGCCGAGGGAGCAGAUAACCGAUAGCAACUCAUUUGAUCUUUUGGAAAAUGAAGUUCCAGAAGGUUUGUUUUCAGGAAAGGAUCCAACAAAAUCACGGGCUGGUAGAUGGUUUUCAUUUCGAUCAUGCAAAACAUUUUUCGCAACUGAAUGGUGUUCAGACUGGAAUUUUCGUAGGAGGGUCACAGAAUAUAGAUGAUCAUGCUAAUGUAGCAAGCACCAUAAUUAGUCAUAUUGGUUCUCCAGGUUCUGCCUUCUUUGCUACUGAAAGAUACAUGGGGUUGCCUUAUUAUGAUUAUCAAGAUAAUAAUCCUGAUUUAGGCCCUGAAAUUCCAAAGAAUUUUGAUGAUCAAAUACCCCGUUUUCAGCAAUCUGUUGGUGAAAAUUUGUAUGUCGAUCAAUCAUCAGUAGAGCAAGUCAAGACAGGCUUUGCAUCUUCUGAGUCAACUGCAAAACCAGUCUCUUGCCCUGAUGAUCAAUAUCACAAUACUGUUUCUGAGAAAUCUUAUUCGGAGAGAGACCGGAUUAUGCAGCUUAAGCGGAAGUUGUUUGAAGAUAACUAUGAUCCUCCAGAUAAGAGGCAAGCAUCUCUUACUUGUGACGGAGAUAGUAGUAUUUCUCUCUCAAACAAUUCAUAUGGAUAUCAACUUACAAAUAUGGGGCAAUCUACAGGAGCUAAUGGUAAUGCUGUGGUUCCUUCUGGUUCAGCUACAAUAUCAUGUAAAACGCGCAUAAGGUGGAGUCAAGAUCUCCAUGAUCGGUUUGUUGAGUGCGUAAAUCGUCUUGGUGGAUCUGAAAAGGCAACACCAAAGGCAAUACUAAGGUUGAUGGAGUCUGAUGUAUUAACCAUCUAUCAUGUAAAAAGUCAUCUGCAGAAAUAUCGAAUUGCUAAGUAUAUGCCAGAUUCUGCAGAAGGAAAAUCUGAGAAACAGACAGGCAUGAGUGACACAGAACAGAUAGGAACUAAGACUGGCAUGUAUUUGAAGGAAGCGCUACAAAUGCAACUAGAUGUUCAAAAGCGUCUUCAUGAGCAAUUAGAGAUCCAAAGACAUCUGCAAUUGAGAAUAGAAGAACAAGGUAAACAGCUGAAAGAAAUGUUUGAUCUGCAACAACAAAAAACCACAGGUGUUAUUGAAUCUCAGAAGUCAUCAACUGAAACAUCACCACGUGACGAGCCAUUGAUUACGAAAAUUGAUGGAAAUCUGCAGUGCCCCGUGGAGAUUGAUUAAACACACAAUAAUUUUGCUUCAUGCUGCAUUUUAAGUUUACUGGUAUUCUGAAAAAAUGAGCUCAUUUCUGUUAAUUUGAAUUCGGAUUGGAGAAAAAACUUCUUUAUAGUUUAAAACAAAUAUAUUUACUUUGUCUUCUGUAAAAA